AGUCCACCGAGCCAAACACUCAUACCUUCCUUCCAAGACAUCCAAAGCCUCUCUCUCUCUCUAGAAUGCUCUGCACAUCACACCGAGCAGUAUAGUUCAAGUAUUCUCUCUCUACCUCCCUUCUCUUUACACAGCAAUUCUUUCUUUCCAAUCGUCUCUCUUCUCUUCUCUUCUCUUCUCUCUCCAAUCCGGUCUUAUCAUAAGAGAGGAUAUAGAGAGAUUACAGAGAGCUAACGUUUCGAGAAAGAAGGAAAAGAAUGCUUGAGAUGGAUGGGUCUUCCAAACCUCCACAGAUUUCCGAAAUGUUUCAGAAAUUUGCCCUUGCUUUCAAGUCUAAAACCUUUGAGUUCUUUGCCGAUGAAGACCCCGCUGGCGCCGGAGCGGCUGCCGACAGCUACGACUCCGACGGGUUUUCCCUCCUUGACUCCGCCGAGGAAGUCAUCACCGGUCAGAAAGUAGUCGUCAUCAAGCCCGACCAGCCCGCGUUCCCCAAACCCUCUCCGCCGGUUGCGAUGGAGAAAACACCUUCGAACCCGGAGACCCAGAUCAGACCCAUUAAUGCCCACUUCUCAGAACCGUUGAUUUCGUCGCUGUUCGCUACCAUUUCCUCUUUUGAAGCUUCGUAUCUCCAAUUCCAAACAGCCCAUGUCCCUUUUGUCGAAGAAAGCAUAAGCGCCGCUGACAGGGCCGCGGUGUCGCACCUCCGGAAACUAUCGGAUUUCAAGCAAUUGUAUAGAGAAUUUCGCCAGAAUCCGAAUUCCAACCUUGAUUUUCCAAUUGGGUCUUCCUUGGAAGCUCAGGUGGAGGAGAACCAAAGCAAGCUUCGAGCUCUGGAAACAGUCUCCAAUCGACUACAGUUGGAAAUUGACGAUAAAGCUGCUGAGGUUUUGAUUCUAAGACACAAUUUGGAUAAGAUUCGAAAACUUAAUUUGAAGUUGUCGAAAAGGUUAUCUGAUUAUGAAAAUCCAUCAUCUGAGGUCUUUUUGUCUAUUACAGUUUUUGAUUCUAUAUUGCAUGAUGCUUGUAGAUCAAUGCAUGUUUUUACUAAGAUUUUGAUUGAUUUGAUGAAGAAAGCGAAGUGGGACUUGGAUUUGGCUGCAAAUUCGGUUCAUCCUAAUAUUGAUUAUGUGAAAAAAGGGCAUUAUAGGUAUGCGUUUCUGUCAUAUGUUUGUUUGGGGAUGUUUCGAGGUUUUGAUUCAGAAGGGUUUGGAUUGGGUGGGAAUGAAGUCACGUGUAAUGGCGAUGGUGCUAAUUUGGUUAAGAAUCGUUCUUUGAAGCAAUUAAUCGAGCAUGUAUCUGAUGGUCCUUUAGAGAUCCUUAAGAAUCCCAAUUCUGAGUUUUCAAAGUUUUGUGAGACAAAAUAUCAAGAGCUUAUUCACCCUACAAUGGAAUCAUCGAUUUUUAGCAAUUUGGAUAAAAAUGAAGUUGUAUUGAAUUCAUGGAGGUCCUUGAGCGUAUUCUAUGAGUCGUUUGUUAACAUGGCAAGUUCGAUAUGGAUGCUUCAUAAAUUGGCCUUUUCAUUCAAUCCUGUGGUUGAGAUCUUUCAAGUUGAGCGAGGCGUAGAAUUCUCCAUGGUGUAUAUGGAAGAUGUUACGAGGAAGUCUAUGUUGCCUGGAAAAGCUAGGGGAAAAGUGGGGUUCACAGUAGUUCCGGGAUUUAAAAUUGGGAGGACGGUUGUCCAGGCUCAGGUUUAUCUAACCAGCAUGAAGUGUACAGAGUAGUAAUUUGUGUUUCCAUGUGUAGAAAACAGAGGAAAUGACUACACUCAAGGCUACUCUAUUUGGGGAUCAGCAAACAACACGGAAAACGGAUGAGGAUUGUAAUGACAUCUGGAGAGCUUUGUUUGUUGGUUGAUUAUACUGAUACAAAAUAAAUAUUGAAGUUGGAGUUUCCUAAUCCAAAGAUGCCUGGUUACCAUAUUGAAGAAGGAAACUUGGCAAAACGCAUGUUAAAAAGUUCAAGUUCCUUGCUGUGGUAUGGCAGCUCUGUGAUCAUCUUGUCAUAUUACCUAUCAAUCUAUCUGGUUGUGAAUUUACUUUCUCUCCUUUUUCUUAGGAUUCUCUGUUGAGUUCCAUGUAGAGAAAUCUGUAAAGCAGUUCUUCAAACUGUCUGUUUUUGGGUUAUCUGACACUAAAAUAGUGUACCAAAUUGUGUAUCUAAACCAAGUGUUUGAAUAUUACAAUAGUGUUAACUUCCAAUUGAAAAUAGUUCAAUGAUUGAUUUUGUUAUAUUUGUGAUUCUGUUCAUGGUUUCUUGCCGGGUACCAUCUUGGAGAUUUCUCUGUAAAAUGCUUGGAAAUGUUGUGUGCCCACUAGUUUAUCAAUGUACCUAUCAACAAAGUUGAAGUGUGAGCUUUUAGUGGUUCUGGGGGUGUGGUUAAAGGGAUUCCUUAUUGCAUUUUAUCAUCCUUUUGAUUAUGGAGACCUCAUCCAUUAUAUUUGAUCGUGAAGUCAGCUCAGAGAAUGAAUCCAUCUUUUGUAGCUCUUGUAUGAAUCAAUUACAUUGUGUUUUUCCUCUGCUGAUAGUCUGUUUUUAGUCAGGUUGAUUUGUGCUCCAACUAUACCCUUGACUCCAACUGGUGCUUGUAUUUUCCUGGCUUCUACUCUUUGAUUUUGUACACUAGGAUUCCCUUCUGUACAAGCUCACUCUGAUUCAAGGACCAGCAUUCAUGGAAAAGGAUUCUCUGGAGGGAAGUUCCUGGGGGGUCUCCAUAUCCAUCUUGAUGAAGGAUCCUGAAGUGAUGCUUUCCUGCAAACAACGAAAUCAUCAUCAUGGAAAAAGCAGACUACUCCUUUAUGGUGACUCUAGGCUCUCAUCCGGGAUUCAAUUCUGUUCCAAAUAAGUAAAAUGUUGUUCGCUCACCAGGCAAAAUGAUUACUAGGACCUGCACUGUUGGUGGUUUUUUAUGCAUAUGGCAUAUUUGAUGUCUAGAAGGGAAUGAGUGAGCCUGCAGAGAGAUCAUUAUACAGCUUGAAAGGUAACUCUUUUAACUUGUAUACAGCUUUGAAACAGAUCAUUAUAAAAUGGUCUCCUCCUAUAA